GACAGGAGAAGCCUGAGAGCGCCUCUAUGUCCACAAAACGUGGACCUUGAACUACGUAGCCGAGUCCGCGUGGUAACACGCUAUGUCUACGAAUUGUCCGGAUGGUAAUACACUAUGUCCACGAUUCUUGGUUCUGUUCCUUGCUAUGUGCACAUCAGUGCGCAUAACGAAGGUUAGAUCAAGGAAGACCAAGAAUCACACUGUCCUUGUCUCUCUUCUAUCGUGGAGACUUACCGUAACUCGAAAUUUUACGUGGUUGUUUGCAAAGUAUUUCCAAGUACAGGACUUUUUACUUCAAUUUGACGAGAUCUACUUGUGGGCGAAAGGUUUUUAUCCUAAACGCUGUUGGUAAACACCCUGUAUAUGUUGUGCUUUUACUUUACGGAGUGAUAAACGAUUCCAUUCACAUAUAUGUACAUAUAUAGGAUAUAAUCAUAAAGCAUUGCGUAGCUGUCCGUUUUUGGUCAAUAUGAUGGAUGUUCAUACUUUUGACGUUAUCUACUUUCCUGAGCAAUAUAAUAUAUCGAUUACAGUUUAUUAGGAUUGCUCGAUGACCCGUUAAAAAAGUUUAUCUGUUGCUUCGCUUAAAAAAUGGAAUAUCUCAUAUCCUGAUAUUAUUUACUUUGGCAAAACAGUAAUUGUACAUGCCUGUACUAUAUGUUUAAUAUAUAACACAAUUCUGAAAAACUAUAAUGUUCUACAUAGUUUUUUUAUUAUUAAUUAUUUUUAUUAUUAAUUUUAUUAUUUAUUUUUAAUUAUUUUAAUUUCUGUAAGCCUAGUGUAUUUUAUCUUUAAGAAUCAAAUUAGUGAUGAUUUGCACCAAUUUACGCAAAAACUAUGCAUGGUGUCCCUUUCUCUCUUCGAUCAAAAGAUAAUUUUUCAGAAUAAUUAUUUAUUAAAUUUUAUUGCUAUUUAUUUUAUGCAAAAUAAUUUUGUCAUUUUACUUACAAUUAUUAUUUAUAUUUAUUAAAAUGCAUCCCUGUAGUGUCACAAAAUUAUUAGUCGUUACUUUCAAAUACAGUUUUUCCAGUUGGAAACAUCUGUUUCCAGUAUUUGAGAAAUAUACAGGUGGUUGAGAGACACAAAAUAUGUAAUAAAAUCGUAAAACUUUCCGUAUAUCCCGACGUUCCUUAUUAACGUUCUUCGUGAAAAGUUCGUUCAAUAUAGAAACUCAAGAAUAUUCCUCGCAAUGAAACGUUUACUCGUUAUUCGAACAAACCGCAACAAUAAGUCGUGACAUACAAAACCAUUCGUAAUUACUCGCUACAGUUAUUUGCUAUCGUUUUUGUUAAUCACUUUGCUUCAAGCACAGGUAACAGAUGACAAAAAUAUAAUAAUUAAUAUGUAUAAAUAACAGCAUAAGUAGUUUACCUACAAUACACAAACAAGAACACAACAAAACGUAUAAGUAUAAUAAAAAGGAAAAAAAAACAAAAAAUUUAAUCUAUAACGUAAUAACAGAAUAAAAAUAAAGAUAACAGCAGCAACAAUGCGGGAUGAGACAAUCGGAGAAACAAGGAAACGCAAAGCUUAUUAAAAUAAUGAAAGAUUAAAUAAAAAUCUGUGCAAACAACAGCGGACUUUAAUCGCUGGAUAAUUGCGUUCGCGUGUGUGCGAGAGCCAUCUUCGUCCGGUUUCGCCACUCGCUUCUUGUUCCAGAGGGAGAGAAGGCGCGCGCAUACGCGGAAUUGAUAUUCGCGCACGUGCUCCUUCGUUCGCAGAUUGAUCCUGAGUGUGCGAUGCUGUUUGUGUCUCUCGCACACACAGUCCGCCCCGGUCUCGAGCCAGUGUGAACGUGUGUGCCUUCGUGUGGGUCGCGAUUCACCUGUUGUAACACCUGCUGCAUCCCUCUCAGGGGCUCACGGUCCACCCCUUUCGCUCUCGCGCAAGCUGCUAAUCACACAGUACUAAUUACGAUACGAGGAAGAGGGAGAUAGAAAUGGGGGACGAAGGGAGAUCACCCACAGUAGUCUAAAUAGAUCGAGUAAAGGAGAUGGAACGAAGGAAGAAGAAGGCAGAAGCGAGUGGGGAGGAAAACAAGACUGAAAAGUCACGGAGAGGGGUGGGAGAUCGUAUCGAAUCCAUCUGAUUAUUCUGUACACGGCACUGUGCCGCGGGACACAUGAUUUCACGUUUUGCGAAAUGUGCGAUGUGCUGCUAUCGGUGACCUUUAGUCUACUUCUCCCGCCAGUGCAUUCUUGAAGUUCCGUUGCAACUCGCAAUUUCCGCAGAGGGCAUUCUGGAAAAGCGCAUUUGCCACUUUAAAUAAGUGAUUACGGAAGAUUUAUCGCCGCGUCCACUGAAACAGAUGCAGAUUUUAUGGAGGUACCUUUGGAAAGGACACAUCACGUCUGCAAAAAUCCAACGAAAUACUGUCACACGCAAGUGCGUCGUCUGCAUAUUUGAGAGAGAAAUUAUUAUUUUGAAAAGGCAGGCAUACACCACACAUGGGGAUUUCCAUGCACCAGAGUGCAUCGCGCUGCGAGGACCACAAAUAUAUUGUUGUGCUACUGACAAAUGUUAUGCAGACGAAGCUCUUGCGCGACAGACUGUGUUAGUGAAAAAUCAUGUGUCUUCAGUAGCCGACAGGAUCCACCUGAAGAAGCAUGUACGGGCUAAUCCUGGAGAACCUGGCCGAAUACAUAAGGCAGGUUUACGGCGAGGACAGAUGGGAGGAGAUCCGUAGACAGGCGUCCGUGGAUCAACCGAGCUUCAGCGUCCACCAGGUCUACCCGGAAAACUUAAUACCGAGAUUAGCGAAAAAAGCGAUUCAGGUACUCGGUGUGACGGAAAAGGAAUUCUUCGACCAGAUGGGUGUGCACUUUGUAGGAUUCGUUGGCCAAUACGGCUACGACCGCGUACUAUCGGUACUCGGACGGCACGUGAGAGACUUCCUCAACGGUCUCGACAAUCUUCAUGAAUACCUCAAGUUUUCCUAUCCGAGAAUGCGAGCGCCUUCGUUCAUCUGCGAAAAUGAGACUCGACAAGGUUUGACCCUUCACUACCGGAGCAAACGACGGGGUUUCGUCUAUUACACGAUGGGUCAGAUAAGAGAGGUGGCUCGACACUUUUACCACAAGGAACUACAGAUUGAGCUGGUGCGCGAAGAAGUGUUAUUCGAUACUGUGCACGUUACCUUUCAGCUCACUUUCGACAAUCGCGCUUUCACGCUCGCUUCGCUCGCAAUGACCCGUGAGGAGAAGCAUCUGCCGAUCGGGGCGUGCGUGCUCUUCGAGAUAUUUCCCUUUUGCAUCGUUUUCGGCUCAGAUAUGGUAGUCAGAAGCAUCGGCAAUUCAUUGAUGGUAAUAUUGCCAGAUUUGGUUGGCAAGAAGAUCACGUAUUUCUUCGAUCUGGUUCGACCACUUAUCGCGUUCAAAUUCCAAUCGAUAUUGAAUCGAACAAACAAUAUUUUCGAAUUGGUCACUGUCGAGCCAGUGCUUACAGAACGAUUGAACGAUCGACAUAGAAACGAGAUUCUCUUGAGUGACGAACUCGAAACCGUGGAAGACAAAACUUUACGGUUAAAAGGUCAAAUGAUAUACAUGGACAAUUGGAAAAUGAUGAUGUAUCUUGGCACACCUGUUAUGCCCGAUCUGAAUGCUUUAAUAGCGACGGGCCUCUAUAUUAACGAUCUUUCGAUGCACGAUUUUAGCCGAGAUCUCAUGCUUGCUGGAACUCAACAAUCUGUAGAAUUGAAAUUGGCGUUGGAUCAAGAACAGCUGAAAAGUAAAAAGUUGGAGGAAUCCAUGAGGAAAUUGGAUGAAGAGAUGAAGCGCACGGAUGAAUUAUUGUACCAGAUGAUUCCCAAGCAAGUUGCGGACCGUUUGAGGAACGGCGAAAGUCCGAUUGAUACUUGCGAAAUGUUUGACAGCGUGUCAAUCUUAUUCUCGGACGUGGUUACCUUCACCGAGAUCUGCAGUAGAAUCUCGCCGAUGGAGGUCGUGUCCAUGUUGAAUGCCAUGUACUCGCUGUUCGAUACCUUGACUGAAAGAAACAGAGUAUACAAGGUUGAAACUAUCGGCGAUGCUUAUAUGGUAGUUUCUGGUGCGCCAGUAAAAGAGAGCGACCACGCUGAUCGCGUAUGCGAUAUGGCGCUCGAUAUGGUCGAAGCAAUAACCGAUCUUAAGGAUCGCUCGACAGGCAAUCAUCUACAGAUACGCGUUGGCAUCCACAGCGGCGCAGUCGUGGCCGGCAUCGUUGGCCUGAAGAUGCCGCGAUACUGCCUCUUUGGCGAUUCUGUUAACACGGCAGCACGUAUGGAAGCGACAAGUCAGGCCAUGCAGAUACACAUAUCCCAAUCCACUCAGGAAUUGCUAUCGCCCUCGUACAAGGUCAAGGAGCGCGGAGAGAUCGAAGUCAAGGGGAAAGGCACGAUGAAGACCUACUGGUUGGAAAAGCGAGAACGUCGUUCCGUCGCCACUAAAGGAAUCACUAUACAAGAACCUCAUCAAUGGCACACGAUAAGAACCAUAGAGAAAAGAGUCUCCUCAGUAGGCGUGAUAGGUUUAAUAAGUCCAGGCAUGUUUGACAAACCGGUCUCGGCAGACCCGUUAUCGAGACGGAGUUCGUCAAAGAUGUCAUCCCCGACACCACCAGGAUCCUCGGGAUUCUUUUCCGAGGAGAGACGGAUAUAUUCUCCGAUUACCUUCCAGGACGUCGCGCGACGAUCGGUCGCAAAUUCGCCGACCAAAAAUGUGGAAGCUCGAGAGUGUCGAUCGAAUUCUAUGGGCGCCGUUGCUUUGAGGAACGCAUCGGAUAUGUUUAGCUCUCUCUUGAGCGACACGGAGGAACACUUCCGGCAGCACCGCGAUAGUCUGUCACCACGUGCGGAGGAUCAGUCGGCCGGUGUAUACAUCAAACCGGAAGUGAAAAUUAAUGCCACCUCGUCCUCAUCGUCUUCGCAGAGCUCCGAGGACGAGUCGAAUCCGUCUCUGGAUCUGUCGCAACCGCAAAGAGACAAUGCGAACGCAACACUUGGUGAGAUUAGCGAGUGCCCGCCGAUCAGCAGCGAUCUCAGCAAUUCACAAUUAUUGACACAGCAGGACCAGUGCUGUCCAGGAUUCACCAUGCCAAAGAGUAACAAGAUGCGUCAUCAAGGAAACAAUUGUGCUAUUUUCUAA